CUCGUGUCCCAAGAAGAGCUGUCACAUACACACGAAGAAGGCAAGUGAAGCGCACAAUUGCUCUCAUAAAUGCCGCUCAGCGGUUUCAAAUUCAAUGCCGCUUUCCAUUUCCAUUUCUAUGCUACUCUGCUCCAAAUCUCCAUUCACCUCUGCUAUUUAACAAUCAGCUCCUGACCACACCUUGAAGAAGAAUAAGAAGACGACGACACCUUCUGUAGAUCAAAGUUUGAAGAACAGUUGAUUUUGCUGUUAGAGAUAAUUGAGUUUCCCUGAAGAAGAGAGAAAUGCCAAGAACAAGUAGAACAGCAGAAGUAGCUCAACGGCCAUCUCUUCGAGGGCCUGCUAAUCAGAGGACGUCCAGCGCUGAUUCUGAUCCAACACAUGUUCGUCCGAGGACGGAGAGGAGCCCCAAAAUAGCUGAUGGUCGGACACAGAGUGGGACGCUGUCUAACCCCUUGCACCAAAAGAAACUAAGAACUCGCAUUGCAGAUUUGGAAUCUCAACUCGGCCUUGCACAGGAGGAGCUCAAGAGUCUGAAGGGUCAUUUAGUCUCGACCGCGACUGCCAAAAAGACAGUGCAGGAUCAACUCGAAAGGAAACCUAAGAAAUCACAGAGGGCUCCCGAGCCAUUGGAAAUCGAAGAAAAGCAUUCCACUUCAGCUGAGGCCCGAAAACUGAGCAAGAAGGAUAGUACUAAAAUGUAUGAAGCAUCUGAGGAAAUCCAGGAGGAAACUGAUGUUUUCGAAGUUCCUAACGAGAAGACAGCAUUGGAGCCUAAGGCUGAACUAGAAGAUGAUGAACUCAAGGCUAAGUCUGUCUCUUUGUCAGCUGAAUCACCAGUCACUGCUGAGCCGGAGAGUCCAUUGGUUGAUGAGUUGGCUUCAAAGGAAGAGGAGAUAAACUUGCUGAAAGCCCGUUUAGAAGAGAAGGGGAAAGAAGUGGAUGUGCUUCGUCAAGAAAACGAGAGCAUGAAGAGCCAGCUCGAUGAGAAGUCACUUAAGAUAUCAUCGGCUCAAUCUGAGAUUGAUGGCCUGAACAAAAGGUUAACUUUGGCUAGUGAAGAGCUGGAGAAGAGUAAAAUCAGCACUGCCCAUACGAACGAGAAGUUAGAAGCGACAGAAAAGGCGAAAGAGUUGCUAGAAAAUGAGAUGAAGUUGCUUCGUGUACAAACUGAGCAAUGGCGAAAAGCAGCGGAUGCAGCAGCUACUGUUCUGGCUGGGGAUGCGGAGGCGAACGGCAGGAGGAUAUCGGAGAGAUGUGGAUCCAUGGAUAAACUAUACGUCAGUACGCUUGAUCAUGUUGGUGGGUACACGGGUUAUGUAGGCUCGCCCGGGCUAAUGGACGACAGAGAUGACGUUUUUGGAGGUGAAAAGAGGAAAGGCAUUAGAAUGCUUGGAGAUCUGUGGAAGAAGAAGAGCCAUAAGUAAGUUUUCAAAAAUGCCUCUCUCUUGAAGCUUUAUGAAAAUGGUUUCUCACCAUUUAUUAGUAUUUGCUUUGUUAUCUCUGUGUUCAUUCUAUGAAUUAAAUGUGGUUCAACAUUUAAGUAUUUUAUUAAUAGAUAUGUAUUUAUUAUUGUCUA